UUGGUCAGUUCCCGGAGUGCCUUGCGGCUGUAAUGGCUGCCCCCAGCCGGCGCGCGGCUACGCUCUUUGGGGCGGUGUUAAGGGUCCGGCAGUUGGGCCCCGAUGCCGUGAGGGAGUGGGGAGCCCGGGUCUCCUCGCUCUUUGACUGGCAGCGGAGGUGCGUGUCCUGUUUCGCGGGCUCCGCUUUCUCUGGUCCCCGCCUAGCCUCUGCCUCUCGCCGUUAUGGCCAGAGCUCAGCCUUGGACCGCUUCCUUGGACUCUCUCAGCCAGACGGUUCGUUGACUUCUCACCCUCCCGGCGUGUCCAUGCACAGAGAUGAGCAGGAUCUCCUCUUGGUCCAUCGUCCCGACAUGCCUGAGAACUCCAGGGUCCUAAGAGUGGUCCUCCUGGGUGCCCCGAAUGCAGGGAAGUCAACACUCUCCAACCAGCUGCUGGGUCGGAAAGUGUUCCCUGUCUCCAAGAAGGUGCACACCACUCGCUGCCAAGCUCUGGGGGUCAUCACAGAGAAAGAGGUCCAGGUGAUUCUACUUGACACACCUGGCCUCAUCAGCCCUGUUAAACAGAAAAGGCACCAUCUGGAGCUUUCUUUGUUGGAAGAUCCAUGGAAGAGCAUGGAAUCUGCUGAUCUGGUUGUGGUCCUUGUGGAUGUCUCAGACAAGUGGACUCGGAACCAGCUCAGGCCCCAGGUGCUCCAGUGCCUGACCCAGUUCUCCCAAGUCCCUAGCAUCCUUGUCAUGAACAAGGUAGAUUGCCUGAAGCAGAAGUCUGUUCUCCUGGAGCUCACAGCAGCCCUUACUGAAGGUGUGGUCAAUGGCAAGAAGCUCAGGAUGCGGCAGGCCCUUCGCUCACAGCCUGGCACUCCUUGCCCUAGCCCAGCAGCUAAGGGCCCAAAAACACAGUCUGUGGGAGGCCCUCAGAGGAUUGGCUGGCCCCACUUCCAGGAGAUCUUCAUGUUGUCAGCCCUAAGCCAGGAGGAUGUGAAAACACUAAAGCAUUACCUCCUGGCACAGGCCCGGCCAGGACCCUGGGAAUUCCACAGUGGAGUCCUCACUAGCCAGACGCCUGAGGAGAUCUGUGCCAACAUCAUCCGAGAGAAGCUCCUAGAACACCUGCCCCAGGAGAUGCCCUAUAGUGUGCAGCAGAGGACAGUGAUGUGGGAGGAAGGGCCAAGCGGGGAGCUGGUGAUCGAACAGAAGCUUCUGGUGCCCAAAGAAUCUCAUGUGAGCACAAGCAGGGGGAGCAGCAAAGAGAGAGGGAGAAGCAGGGAGCCUGAGGCGGGGCUCGAUCCCAGGAUCCUGGGCUCAUGACCUGAGCCGAAGGCAGACGCUUAACCGACUGAGCCACCCAGGCGCCCGUGGCCUUGCAUUCUAACAACUGUUGCUUCAGAUCAGGAGCUCCAUUGGCUCUCCUGAGGUCAGUGUGGACUGGUCUGGGACCUUAACCUUCUCACGUCUAAUUCCAAUCCCUGCCACAGCAGCUUCAAGCCUUUGACUCUUAUUUUGAUCUUUGGAUGAACUCCUUAAACCAUAUGGUGAAUGACAAAGUUAAGGAUGGUCAGAGCUGCAAGAAUCCUUCAAAGUCAUGGAAUUCAAGUAAUCCCUUUAUAGAGGAGAGGAAACCGAGGCGUAGAGAAGGGGAGCGAAUUGCCCCCCAAAGCUUCAGUGUUCCCUCUACCUCUCCACACCUGGGAACCCAUGACCCUAAGAAGAACAGCAGCUGCAGGUACUCACAGACACACGGACACACACACGUGUCAUGCUUACAUAUACACAGACGCUCAGAAAUACACAGCACACAUACUAAAAAAAAUAGAUUCAGCUAGUAAAUUACUCUCAAUUCCCUCUUCGUUACUCUCCUAAGUUCCAUGGAGUUGACAGUUUUGCACAACGAUGGUGGCCAAAUCAUAGGGUCACUAGUGUCCCACUCAAAGUACAAUCAACAGCAAAACUCAUCCUGGAACCAAGGACUUUGAGAAGUUCCGGGCGUUCUUGCUUUCCUGUUUUGCUUUACAUGCUGGGAACCCAAAGCAAGAGGCUGGUGUAACCCUAGGGGCUUACCAGGUGUGAGAAAGAAAAGCUGGAACACUGUUCUAAUCUUUAUUCUCUAUGUGAUAGACUGGGGCUUGAGAUCUGGGGGACCUAUCAGAGAUGACUGUUCGGUUUCACCGUGGCCAGCCUGUGAAGCUUCUCCUAACCCUCCCUGACACCUGCCCCCUUAAGUCCAGGCUUUGACCCUGCUCGGUUUUCCUGAUCACACGGAGAAUUCAUCUGAUCCCUUAUUUGUCCCCAACUACCCCGGGAGAGGCACCUUGUGGGAUUCUUCUCUGUGGUCCCAGCACCCCUCAAGGGUCUCAUCCUGCGAGGUGCUCAAAGAGCACGUUUGCGCUGGAAAGAUGCUGACCCCACAGACCGUGCUACUAAAAGCUCAAGGACCCGGCACGCUCCCUUACACUCUCUGGGACGCUCAGCCCCAUGGGCACGCGUGUGUGUCGCACAACGAACACAGAUGCGGUGGGGUCUUAGCUGUGGCUUCCCUGGGGACUUUGCCAAUGUCCGUCCAUCAGUCUCCAAAAGAUGACUACACGCCAAUUUUAUUUUUUUGAUAUUUUUAUUUAUUUUAUAUUUAUUAUUUUUUAAAGAUUUUAUUUAUUUGACAGAGAGAGACACAAGCAAGUGAGGGAACAUAAGCAGGGGGAGUGGGAGAGGGAGAAGCAGGCUUCCCGCAGAGCAGGAAGCCCGAUGCGGGGCUUGAUCCCAGGACCCUGGCAUCAUGACCUGAGCCGAAGGCAGAUGCUUAACGACUAAGCCAUCCAGGCGCCCCAAAGAUUUUAUUUUUAAAUAAUCUCUACAUUCAAUGUGGGGCUCAAACUCAUGACCCUGAGAUUAGGAGUCACACACUCUGCUGACUGAGCCAGCCAGAUGCCCCUAUGGGCCAAUUUUAUCGUAGAGAAACUGAGACUCCUGGAGUAAACACAUGGCCUGCGUGAUCUGGUAAAUUGGGAGAUGAGACAGGACUACAACUCUGCUCUCCAGACUCUAGGCCCCAGGCUUUGUGCACAAACUUGCUAUGAAUGAGGUGGAUUUUGUGUGUGUUUCUGUGAGGACUUUUUGAGGUUUUUGUUUUUAAGUUUUUAUUUAUUUAUUUGAGAGAGAGCUUGAGUGGGGUGAGGGGCAGAGGGAGAAGCAGACUCCCCCCACUGAACAGGGAGCCCGAUGUGGGGCUUGAUCCCAGGACCCUGGCAUCAUGACCUGAGCCGAAGGCAGAUGCUUAACCGACUGAUCUACCCAGGCGCCCCAACUUUUUGAGUUUCAAAGGCAAGAGAAUCAGACCUGAGUUUUGGCCACUUACCAGUAAUAUGAUUCUGAGCGUGUCACCUCAUCUCUCUGAGCCUUGGUCUCCUCAGCUCUAAAAUGGGGAUGACAAUAAUACCUCAUGA